UUGGAAUGACGACGAUGUUCGCAACAUUUAUGUGCAACCAGUAGGUGGGCCUUCCCGUCUCGCAGUCGCUGGACCUAUGCGUUUGAAAGACGCUCUUGAUGAUCAUAAGAAGAAGAUGGAGCGCAUGCUGACCCGGGACAAGAAGCUUGAGUACGGAACCACUAGUUGGUUUAAGGUUGACGGGACUUCGGAUCAGCUGAAUUACGGUACAGAGGACAAAACGAAGGUAGUUAAAUUAAAUAAUAGUUUCAUUUUCUCGGCUAGGAAUGUGAUUUAGAAAUCACAUAGAUACUUUGAGCUGAUCACAAGACUGCUGCAGAAAAAAUGGACCGAUUCCGAACAUUCUCAAAAAGAAAUAUCGGACAACCUCGGAAGCGAUGUCGGAAGCAGCGGAGAUGACGAUGACUGCCUGCGGGUCCUGCGGAACAACUUCUGAAGUUGACGAACAGAUGAUUGGGUGCGAUAACUGCGACCUGUGGGGUUUGGGAGCACUGAAAGAGAUGUGAGAAGGAAGACGGGUUGCUCGAUUGAGCAACACACUACACGAUGGCUGCGAAGAGAAGAGAGGAGGGAACUGAAGAGAGGGUGGAGAGGGGAGGAAGUUUGGGGAGUGACGGAAGAAAGACGCGAAUAAAGGUGAUCUGGAAAAUAUAUAUAUUGCUGUGGAAUUCUGUGACAAUCCCGAAAGAUACCGACGACUCUACAACCUGGCGACGCAGGAGAAUAUUCAAGAUGGACGACACGAGACCGAUGCCACAGUUCAGAUGUGAGGAUAUUGCUAAGGCGAGACUACAUCAUGAGUGGAAAGACUGGAAGAGCGGACUAGAAAGAUAUUUCGACGCCAACGACAUUACUGAGCAGUACAAAAAGCGGGCAAAGCUGUUGUACUUGGGAGGGCCCCAACUUGAUAAAGUUUUCACAAACCUUCCGGACGGAAGCAAGUUCCCCUUAGUUGCUACAGAAAAGCGAUAUUAUGAUGUGGCCAUUUCAGCAUUGGAUAACUACUUCCAGCCGAUACAACAAGACAUUUUAGAACGGCACCGCUUACGCCAAAUGAAACAACUUCCUGGUGAAAAGUUUUCUCAUUAUAUGGUUCGUUUGAGACAGCAAACAGCAUUGUGCGGCUUCGACAAAUAUUCGAAAACAACGAAGCAGGUUCUGACUGAAAUGAUGAUUACUGACGUCAUCGUCGAGGGUUGUUUGUCGGUCGAACUUCGCCGACGAAUGUUGCUGAAAGAUCGGUCGUUGGAUGAAAUCGAAGAGAUUGCUUCUGGCUUGGAAGGCGUUGAGUCUCAAAUGCAAGAUCUCGCAGGAAAAUCAAACGAUAGUCGUGUUAGUGAGCAGGUUUAUAAAGUAAGGCAGCGUCCGUCACGGGGAUUUGGACGUCCCCCAGUGUCUUCUUCUAGAGUUGAUCGUUUUCGUUUCCGUGGUCGUCAGUCUACGCCUUAUGCUUCAACCAUCGUUUGUUUUAAUUGCGGUAAAUCGGGACACAUUGCUUCGUCAGAAUCUUGCCCCGCAAAAGGCAAGCUUUGCAGGAACUGCAAACGGAUAGGUCAUUUUGAUUAUACCUGCAAGUCCCCUCGAAUCUCUUCGAAUCCAGUUAAAGCGUCCCCUUCCAGUAAAAAUGUUCGAUCUAUUGAGCAACAGGAAAAACAAGACACUGACGAAGGAAAGGCUUACUACGCUUUUUUCAACGGUAAUCUCAAAAACAUGUUGACAUUUGAAGUCGGAGGAGUACCAUUGGAGAUGUUGGUGGAUUCUGGAGCAGAUGCGAACUUGGUGACAUCUGAAGCGUGGACGAAGUUGAAGCAAGCGGGGGUCGACGUUUGCAGUUCGUCGAAAGAAACCGAUCGUUCAUUUUUCUCUUACGGUAGUAGUAGUCCACUUGAAGUCCGAGGAAAGUUUACGACAAAGAUCAAAAUCGACGACAAAGUGACGGUUGCUGAAUUCUACGUAGUUGAAAAGGGACAAACAUGUCUGCUGGGAGAUACAACCGCUAAACAGUUGCAAGUUCUGAAGAUUGGUGUGAAUCUUAACUGUGUUGAGAAGUCUGAACAGUUCGCUUGUAUCAAUGAUGUCGAGGUCCAUAUUCACAUGCAGCCGGAUGCUAAGCCCAUAGUUCAACCGGUUAGAAGGUUGCCAAUUCCAAUCGAAGCAGAAGUUAACCGAAAAUUAGAUGAGAUGUUGAGCAGGGAUAUUAUCGAACCUAAAACGGGUCCAACUUCGUGGGUUUCUCCACUUGUUGUCGUAGCUAAGUCUGGUGGAGGAUUGCGGUUGUGUGUAGACCUCCGGAGGGUAAACCAGUCAGUCCUACGGGAACAUCAUCCUAUGCCGGUGAUAGACCAAAUCCUGGCCCGUAUCGGAAAUGGUGCAGUAUGGAAGUUGUCAGAGGUCGGAGGAGUUCUACUACGAGGAGAUCGUGUCGUAGUUCCUGAUAGUUUGCGUCAACGGGUCCUGAACAUAGCGCAUGAAGGGCACCCGGGUGUGCGUAUGAUGAAGUCAUACCUUCGAUCUGCCGUUUGGUGGCCCAAACUAGAUGCAGAUUCGGAAAAAUUCGUGAAAAACUGCCGUGGAUGUAUCUUGGUGUCCACUCCUGAUGUUCCGGAACCUAUGCUCCGUAGGUCGCUUCCUACUGGACCUUGGCAAGAUAUAGCUAUUGACUUUCUUGGUCCACUACCUGGUGGUCAGCAUUUACUGGUGAUUGUGGACUGCUACAGCAGAUACCUAGAAGUCUGCGAAAUGAACUGUAUCGAUGCUAUGGAGACCAUUGGCCGUUUAAGGGCAAUAUUUGGUAGAUUCGGAAUACCAUCCUUGAUCAAAGCAGAUAACGGUCCACAAUUCACCAGUGAGGAGUUCAGGGAAUUUUGCAGUGCCUACGGAAUACAGCUGGUGAACACGAUUCCGUAUUGGCCACAGAUGAACGGUCAAGUCGAACGGCAAAACCGUUCAAUUUUAAAACGGCUACGGAUUGCGCAGGAGCUUGGCAAAGAUUGGCAAAAAGAGCUACACGAGUUCCUUCUCGUAUAUCAUGCGACCAACCAUGCAACGACUGGUGAAGCACCUUCGAAGCUGAUGUUCGGACGUCGAAUACAAAGCAGACUGCCCCAUGUUCCAGUUCACUUCGAUGACGAGGCAGUUCGCGAUUUCGAUACUCUGCAGAAAGAGAAGGGUAAGAACUAUUCCGAUAGGAAGCGUCGAGCUGCAUAUAGCGAAAUUCGAGUAGGUGACGCUGUCUUCGUAAAACGAAUGAAGAAGAACAACAAGUUGGAAGCAGAAUUCGCACCUGAGGAGUAUGAAGUGGUAAAAAAGUGUGGAGCAGAUGUUAUCGUCCGUUCACGGCUUACCGGUAAGGAGUUUCGUCGGAACACUGUGCAUCUGAAGAAAGUUCCGGUGGGACGGGAUGAAGGGCAGCUAUCUCCGGACAAGGAAAUUGAUGGGACUGUAGAAACCGGCAUGGAUGAGGAAUCAUCGAAUGAUCGUGGAGCCGUCCUUCCUCCGGAAAAUACAGUUCGCCGUCAACGUGAUCGACAACAGCCAUCUAAAUUCAAAGAUUAUGUACCUUACUAGCUAUUUGAAAGUGUAGGAGGGGUUGUGGGGUUUGGGAGCACUGAAAGAGAUGUGAGAAGGAAGACGGGUUGCUCGAUUGAGCAACACACUACACGAUGGCUGCGAAGAGAAGA